UCCCCGCUCUGCGCAUGCGCCUCUGCGUAGCUCAGCGGGGGCCCGGAACCUGCAGAGGGCGACAGAACCCGCGGCGCCUGCCUUUUACGUCACGCUCCGCUUGCGUGCUGGUUCCGGGUCAGAGGUCGGGCGCAGCUUGGGUCAUGGUGCAGCUCAGGCCGCGCGCGUCCCGCGCUCCGGUGUCGGCGUCGGCGAUGGUGGACGAGGGCCAGCCCGCCUCGGAGGAGGAGGCGGAGCACGGCCUGUUGCUCGGGCAGCCGAGCAGCGGCGCGGCUGCCGAGCCGCUGGAGGAAGACGAGGAAGGGGACGAUGAGCUUGACGACGAGGCCCCGGAGGAGCUGACUUUCGCCAGCGCUCAGGCGGAAGCGAAAGAAGAGGAGCGGCGAGUUCGGGAGACCGUGCGCAGAGAUAAAACGCUUCUGAAGGAGAAGAGGAAGCGACGCGAGGAGUUGUUCAUCGAACAGAAGAAAAGAAAACUUCUUCCAGAUACUAUUCUAGAGAAGUUAACUACAGCUUCACAAACUACUGUGAAGAAAUCACCGGCAAAGUUGAAAGAAGUUAAUUUGCAAAAGAAAAAUGAAGAAUGUGAGAAAGGAAGUGACUUAAAGAAAGCUAAAGAAAAAGUGCAAAAAGUACAGACUGUUGGCCAGAAUAAAAGCUACUUGGCUGUAAGGCUAAAAGACCAAGAUUUGAGAGAUUCAAGGCAAGAAGCAGCCAAAGCCUUCAUACAAAAUUGUUUAUAUGGUCCUGGAACCAACAGAACUACUGUAAACAAGUUCCUGUCUCUUGACAACAAGAGGUUACCGGUGAAAAAGGCUGCAGCCCAGUUUCUGAAUAGUGCUUGGGGAUCCCAGAAAAAACAAAAUGCCAAGAGGUUUAACAGACGUUGGAUGGUCAGAAAGAUGAAAACUUCUAAGAAGUCAGUUGACAUUACCAAAGACAAUGGCACCAGGUUUUCAGUACAAGUUUCACUGAUGGAUUCUUCCCCUUCUGGGAACAGGACCCAACAGAGGCUGCCGAAUCCCUUCCACGGCAUGUUGGUGAAUGUCAUUUGGGUUGUUGGUAAGGGAGCAGGUGGUGAUGGUGACCAUGAGAGACAACUGAGCCAAACGACCCUAUAAUCUGAGGAGUUAAUUUGCAAUAGAUAGGAUAAACAUCUGUAAAAACACCAUUAAAUGAAAGUUUUCAGGGUCCUACCUACCAGACAUUUGUCAGACAGCUGUAGCACCAAUGUAACCAUCAGCAAAAUUCAUUCUUUGCCAGAAAUGAAAAACUGAACUAAUGAUAAAAGUGACCAAACCCAUAGAAGCUGAUAACUUCUUGUGUGGAGGUGUCCAAAUUUUAAUUUUAGG